CAUAAACUGCGUUAAGCGUGCCUCUCGCGUGUCCAUACAAAAACGACCCGCGCGUGCCCAUGCGCGUGCACACGCUCGUGAGCCCGUCGCGUGAUACUUCCGUGCAAUGGAGCACGCAUGCACGCGACGUGAUCACGCAUCACGUUGGACGGGUCCACGCGCGAAGCCCGCUAGCGGGUGCACGCGCGUGCUUGUUCAGUUGACAGCGCUAUCUCGAAUCGACCGCACGCGCGUGCCCGGCCCAUAACAAAAAAUGACAAAUUUUGAUACAGAAAGGGUAAUUGUUGAAGUUCAGUGUCGUCCUGCCAUAUGGGACCAAUCAAGCGAAAUAUUUAAAGACCGGGACGCUAAAUCAAAAGCAUGGCUAGACAUUUGUAAAGUACUGUUUGAAAAUUUUGAUGACUGGAGUGAAGCAGAAAAAAACAUACAAGUGAAAAAGCUGCAGCAAAGAUGGAAAACUGCAAGAGACACUUAUAUAAGAGUGAGGUCUACUAAAAAAAAACUUAAAUCAGGCUCCGGUUCCAGGGCAAAUAAAACAUACAUUUACUAUAACAUGCUGUCAUUUUUAGAUUCAAACUCGAAUACUCAAGGAGAAGAAUCGGCAGACAAUUUUAAUCAGUCAGUAGAGCAAAACGCGUCACCGAGAACUUCACAAAAUAAUACGAUUAUUGAAGAAGAUUUGAUUAAUGUACCUAGCACCAGCUCCAGCGUUACCAAAGAAACACGAUCUUCCAAGAAACGUAAGUGCGAAUCGCCAACUGAUUUCGAAUUAGAGUUGUUAAAUUGCGUGAAGAAUAACACUGCAGAUAAUAUGGACGAAGACUUGAAUUUUUUUAAGUCAUUAUUACCAACUGUAAAAAAAUUGAGUCGCUUUAAAAAAUUAUUAUUUCGUACGAAAGUAUUAGAAGCUUUAAUUGAUAUUGAAAAAGAAAUGAUUAUUACCAUUGAUGACCUUUCAUUAACGCAAAAUACGGUAACGAAUGAUUUAGAAUCCUUAAAUGUAAGAUCAGAUACGAACAAUGAAUAAAUAGGUAACAAGAAAGACUUUGAAGAUUUGAUUAAGACUGUUUAAUUAUUAAGAACAAAAGAAA